UCACGCCAAAACUGGAGAUCAAAGUUGGAGCUCGAGCUGUAAUCUUCGUUGUGAUUCCCUUACAGAGGAACUUACAGAGAGAGUAGGCGGUGAAUUGCGGGGUUUGUUUAUUGUUGGUGUAUUUGCCAUUGAUGGGCUGAAGGUUUUGAGAUUGAGAUUGAGAUUCGAGCAGUUUCUCGCUAUUAUUUAGUGGCAAAAACCUAGCCAAAAAAUCUGGCAAACCUUGGGGGAUUGCGGGCUCGCUUGUCGUUGAAGCAUUCCAUUUCUGAUCACAACGACGAGGAGGAGGAGUGCAGGCCUUGGCGUCGCAGGAUUUUCAUGGCUUUCACCUGGCGCUCCGCCCUCAAGAUUACCUUUCUACUCCUACUUCUUGCUGCUAUAGUAACUGCUUGUUUCACCCUCCCCAUCGAUAAGAUUCUGAAGGACUUUUUACUAUGGGUUGAUCAAGAUCUUGGCGCUUGGGGUCCACUUGUGCUGUCUGUUGCCUACAUUCCUUUGACAGUGUUGGCGGUUCCUGCCUCGAUACUUACUCUUGGUGGUGGUUAUUUGUUUGGGUUACCUGUGGGCUUCAUUGCUGAUUCUAUUGGUGCAACUGUUGGAGCUGGGGCUGCAUUCCUUCUUGGACGAACGAUUGGGAAGUCAUUUGUUGUUUCCAAGCUGAAAGACUAUCCACAGUUUCAUUCAGUUGCAAUUGCUAUUAAUCGGUCUGGAUUUAAGAUAGUUUUGCUGCUCCGGCUUGUACCUUUACUUCCAUUUAACAUGUUGAAUUACCUAUUGUCGGUGACUCCUGUUUCAUUAGGGGAAUACAUGUUGGCUUCAUGGUUGGGCAUGAUGCCCAUCACUUUUGCAUUAGUAUAUGUUGGAACCACACUCAAAGAUCUUUCUGACGUUACACAUGGUUGGGGAGAAUUUUCGAAGACCCGUUGUGCAUUGAUAAUAUUGGGUCUUGUUGUAUCUGUGGUUCUGGCAUACUGCGUUACCAGAGUUGCAAAGGCUGCUUUGGAAAAAGCUUUGGCUGAGAGCGGAGAUGCUGAUUACAUGGGUUUCUCCUCGCAGCUACCCCUUGUAGCCGAUUCGUCCGUCGAUCUUAACCAGCCCCUCAUAAUCAAGAUUGACUCUCCUCAACCUCAAGAUGACCUCAAAUGAAAGCGAGUCUCUUGACAUGUAAAUUCUUCAUUCUCCUCCUUCAAUAGGCCAGGCUUCCCCCUAAACAUUUCAAAAGUGUUAUUUUUGUUGUAUGUACAAUCCAUUACAUAGAAUCUAGUUUCUUAAUAUAGAGCAACCCAUUUCUAAAUUAAGCAUGUAUCCAACAAGUGUAGCUGCUUGUUUUUGUUUUCUUUUUUACUAUUACAAUAAAAGUGACAUUUAUAUUGAUAUAAGUAUUCGUUUAAUGA